AUGAAGAGAAAAGACGGACUCCAUAGCGAGCACCCGCAGCGCGAGCUCGACAGAAGGCUCAAAACGUCUAGGAAGACACCCUACGCUGGCGCCAGGUCCCGACCAUGUCGCACGCCAAACUCGCAGAUGCAGCUCAACAGUGCGAGAGCGCCACGUCGUCAAAGGUAUGGUCGCAGCGCCAGCGUCGCCGACGGUCUCCGCCCGCUUCGCCACGCUGGCACCGAUGGCGACGCCAGAGGUCGUUGCGCCUGCGUGGCUCCUGACUGA